UCGAUGACGGAGGAACCACUUUUAAAAACCAGCUGACGAGAUGUUACGUCAGUUAGACCGUAGCCGUUGCCAUUGGACACACGACGUGAUUACUAUCGUCGGUUAUGACAGAAUUCUAAACUCGUGUUUCGCUCUAAAUUUCAAACGUUUUGAUAAAACAUGUCCAAUAUCAACGAAUACUACUUGGCGGUCCUUCGGCUGGUGAAGGAAGCUGGCUCGAUCGUAAGAGAAAGAAUUAACCAGCCUAAGGAUGCGAUGAUAAAAUCCUGCGAGGUCGAUCUCGUCACGGAAUGGGAUCAAAAGGUCGAGAAAUUAUUAAUGGAAGGAAUAUCAUCCAAAUUUCCGGAUCACAAAUUUAUUGGUGAAGAAGAGUCCGCGCUUGGGAAUAAAGUUGAGCUAACAGACGCACCGACAUGGAUCAUCGAUCCCAUCGAUGGCACAAUGAACUUUGUGCACGGUCUACCGCAUACGUGUAUAUCCAUCGCAUUGUUGAUUAACAAGACCCCCGAAAUUGGAAUUGUUUAUAAUCCAAUCCUAGAACAGCUCUUUACCGCCUGUAGAGGUCAGGGUGCGUUUCUGAAUGGAGCUCCUAUUCAAGUCUCGGGGGAGAAAGAAUUGCGGAAAGCUCUUGUAAUGAUGGAAAUGGGUACAAGCAGAGAUCCAGAGAAAAUGAAAAUUGUGCUGGAGAAUGCGAACAAUCUUACUUCACAGGUUCACGGAAUACGAAGUUUGGGUUCCGCAGCUUUAAACAUGUGCAUGGUUGCUCUCGGUGGGGCAGACAUUUCUUUUGAAUACGGUAUUCAUGCUUGGGACGUUGCAGCUGGUGAUAUAAUUGUGAGAGAAGCUGGUGGUGUGUGCAUAGAUCCAGCUGGCGGCCCAUUUGAUGUAAUGAACAGAAGAGUAUUGUGCGCCUCGACAAUGGAACUGGCUCAGGAACUAGCUAAAGUAUUAAUUCAGUAUUAUCCUGAACGUGACUGAAAAUAAAUGAUUUGAAAUUCAGAUGAUGUUAACUGCGUCGAUUGUGUACGUGUUUGAUGUACAGAAGAUUUAUAUUACAUAAUUAGUUUUCUUUUAAUCGUAAAAAGCAGGUUCGAUGUUUUUGUCGAUUUUGCAGGCAUUUAAGGUUCACGCAUUAAAGCGAUAAAUGUAUAGGUUUAAAAGAAUAUGUUUAUUCAUUAGCUUCUUGUAUUUGAUUCAUAUUUAUUUAAAAGAUAAAUGUAAAUUGAACAUGUAUUACAUCCAUAUUAACGACGAGUCAAAUGUUUAAUAACAAUAUUGUAUGUUGAAAUGAGAGGCAUGCAAAUGCAAAUGUAAUAUGUCAUUUAUUCAAAUAUUAUACAAAAUAAAUUUAAUUAUCUCAUUA